AAGGCCAAGCGACUUCGUGAACGUUUUGGCGUAUGGGAUCGUCUCGAGCCAUACCAAGGCGCUAAGAUAGGCGAGGACAUCGUGCAGUCAGCCACGCGGUUUUACACCGACGAUGAUUUCGACUGUUCCCGGCAGAGCCCCAACAAAAAGGACGUUGUAAACAUUAUGAAGGAUGGGGAACAACAAGCCGUUGUCAAGCGCUACAUGACCAGGUCCAUAAGAGAAGCCUACAAGCUGUUUAAGAAAGCUAACCCGGACUCCAAAUUAGGAUUGACCAAAUUUUAUUCGCUGCGACCAAAAUGGGUUAAGCUGAACCCUGACCAAACCGUGUGUGCAUGCGUGUGCUGCACAAAUUUUGAUUUGUGCUUAUCUGCCCUCAACAGCGUACGGGAAGAAAAAAUAACGGCUGAGGAUAUUGUCGCUCUGUGCCUUUGCCCAGACUCAACGCCCAAUUGUUUACGGGGCGAAUGCAAGAAAUGCCCUAGCAUUGAUCGACUCUCCUUACAAGAAUUACAAUUGGUUCCAGAUGAGGAGAUUAGAUUUUGCACGUGGGAGAAUGGCAAUUUGGUGAAUAAGACUGCGGACUCGAACGCCUUUUUGAAAGAGAUGCAAAAAUGGGCCACAAGGUUUUCUACUCACGACUUCAUCCGUAGAAGUCAACGGGAAGCUGUUCGGAUUGAGAAGAGCAAGGUGACCACAAGGCAUAUUGUCAUGAACUUUGAUUUUGCGGAAAACUGGACGGUGACCCUGCCACACGAAAUACAAGAGCAUCACUGGCACAAGCGCCAAAUCUCCGUGUUCACAUGUGUUGCGUCGACAUCGCAAGGUCCCAAAUGUUUCGGUGUCGUGUGUGAAGACCUGUGCCAUGACACUGCCCACGCAGUACUCGCUCUAAGGUGCAUUGAGGACUGGCUGGAGAACAACAUUCCAGUUUAUACGUCAUUAACGUAUAUAUCUGACGGUGCACCAGCUCACUUUAAGAAUAGAUUUCAGCUCUACGAGUUCCAACGAGCCGGUCUUCCGAAGGUGAAGUGGGUUUUUUCUGCCUCAGGACACGGCAAGAGCGCCUGUGAUGGAGUAGGGGGGCUACUGAAGCAUCAGGCGACGGUGCACAACCUCCGUUCGCCUGUGGAUGAGGCCAUACAGAAAUCAACGGACUUUGUGCACAAGGUGGGAAAGUGUGUAAAAAGUGUGACUCUCCUAAAUUUAAAGCAAGACGACGUGAGUGAUUUCCGCAAAACCAAGAGAGCCGAAUGGGGAUCCAUACCGGUUCAAAAAGGCAUCCGCCUCUCACACGUGUGGCGACUUGAAAAAGGGGAAGUCCGUCUUCAGCGAACUGCAUAAUCGGUAUUUUAGUGCCUACAUGUUGUUUCAAAAUGUGUGACUUUGUUAACUGUGUAGGCAAAUUCCAGACGUUUCG